AUGGCGGCGCAGUGCUGCUGCUGCAAGGCGCCCGGCGCCGAGGCCGCGCCCGCCCGACCGCCGCCGGAGCCGCCGCCCGCCCUGGACGUGGCCUCGGCCUCCAGCGCGCAGCUCUUCCGUCUCCGCCACCUGCAGCUGGGCCUGGAGCUGCGGCCCGAGGCGCGCGAGCUGGCCGGCUGCCUGGUGCUCGAGCUGUGCGCGCUACGGCCCGCGCCCCGCGCGCUCGUGCUCGACGCGCACCCGGCCCUGCGCCUGCACUCGGCCGCCUUCCGCCGCGCCCCCGCCGCCGCCGCCGCCGAGCCCCCCUGCGCCUUCGCGUUCCCGGCCGCCGAACCCGGGCCCGCGCCGCCGCCCCCGCUGCCCGCCUUCCCCGAGGCGCCCGGCGCGGAGCCCGCCUGCUGCCCGCUGGCCUUCAGGGUGGACCCGUUCACCGACUACGGCUCCUCGCUCACCGUCACGCUGCCGCCCGAGCUGCAGGCGCACCAGCCCUUCCAGGUCAUCCUGCGCUACACCUCGACCGACGCCCCGGCCAUCUGGUGGCUGGACCCCGAGCUGACCUAUGGCAACGCCAAGCCCUUCGUCUUCACCCAGGGCCACUCGGUGUGCAACCGCUCCUUCUUCCCCUGCUUCGACACGCCCGCCGUCAAGUGCACCUACUCAGCUGUUGUCAAGGCCCCGUCGGGGGUGCAGGUGCUGAUGAGCGCCACACAGAGCACCUACGUGGAGGAGGAGGGCGUCUACCGCUUCCACAUGGAGCACCCUGUGCCCGCCUACCUCGUGGCCCUCGUGGCCGGGGACCUGCAGCCAGCAGACAUCGGGCCUAGGAGCCGUGUGUGGGCCGAGCCGUGCCUCCUGCCCACGGCUACCAGCAAGCUGUCGGGCGCGGUGGAGCAGUGGCUGAGCGCGGCUGAGCGCCUGUACGGGCCGUACAUGUGGGGCAGGUACGACAUCGUCUUCCUGCCCCCCUCCUUCCCCAUCGUGGCCAUGGAGAACCCCUGCCUCACCUUCAUCAUCUCCUCCAUCCUGGAGAGUGACGAGUUCCUGGUCAUCGAUGUCAUCCACGAGGUGGCCCACAGCUGGUUCGGCAACGCAGUCACCAAUGCCACGUGGGAGGAGAUGUGGUUGAGCGAGGGCCUGGCCACCUAUGCCCAGCGCCGUAUCACCACCGAGACCUACGGGGCUGCCUUCACCUGUCUGGAGACAGCCUUCCGCCUGGAUGCCCUACACAGGCAGAUGAAGCUCCUCGGAGAGGACAGCCCAGUGAGCAAGCUGCAGGUCAAGCUGGAGCCAGGAGUGAACCCCAGCCACCUGAUGAACCUGUUUACUUACGAGAAGGGUUACUGUUUCGUGUACUACCUGUCCCAGCUGUGUGGAGACCCCCAGCGCUUUGACGACUUCCUCCGAGCCUAUGUGGAGAAGUACAAGUUCACCAGCGUGGUAGCCCAGGACCUGUUGGACUCCUUCCUGAGCUUCUUCCCAGAGCUGAAGGAGCAAAGCGUGGACUGCCGGGCAGGGCUGGAGUUCGAGCGCUGGCUCAACGCCACGGGCCCACCGCUGGCUGAGCCGGACCUGUCUCAGGGAUCUAGCCUGACCCGGCCGGUGGAGGCCCUCUUCCAGCUGUGGACCGCAGAGCCUCUGGACCAGGCAGCCGCCUCAGCCAGUGCCAUUGACAUCUCCAAGUGGAGGACCUUCCAGACGGCGCUCUUCCUGGACCGGCUCCUGGAUGGGUCCCCGCUGCCCCAGGAGGUGGUGAUGAGCCUGUCCAAGUGCUACUCGUCCCUACUGGACUCAAUGAAUGCCGAGAUCCGCAUCCGCUGGCUUCAGAUUGUGGUCCGCAACGACUACUACCCCGACCUCCACCGAGUCCGGCGGUUCCUCGAGAGCCAGAUGUCCCGCAUGUACACCAUCCCGCUGUACGAGGACCUCUGCACCGGCGCGCUCAAGUCCUUUGCCCUGGAGGUGUUCUACCAGACACAGGGCCGGCUGCACCCCAACCUGCGCAGGACCAUCCAGCAGAUCCUGUCCCAGGGCCUGGGCCCCGGCGCCGAGCCCAGCAUGGAGCAGGCCAGUGCUGGAGUGGACUCGGAGGUGGACGCAGACACGCCGGCCCUGUUGCUCGGGGACGAGCCUCCCAGCAGCGCCAUUUCUCUCAGGGACGUCAACGUGUCUGCCUAGCCCUGACCUCCCAGACACCACGAUUGUGCCUUCCGUGGCCCGGGCAUGCCGUGACUGUGCCUCGGCCCUGGCGUGAGCUCCUCUGGGGCCCACGCCCCCUCCUGCGGGCUCUCCCAGGGACCUCUCAUGGCCGGCGAAGCCUGUGGACCUGGUCUCCCCAGCUCUCUUGCACUGCAGGCCCGGAGAGGCCAGCACUCGCCAUGCCUCCCUGUCUCAACACUGACCGCCGGGCACCGCCCUCAGGGUGACAGCCCCGCAGUCCUCACGGCAACUGCCACACUGUGCCUUACAUGUGCCGCGAAGUCCAGGCUGCACUGUCCCCACAGCGUGCCUGCACCCCGCGGAGCCCUGCACCCCUGCCCCAGAGGUCGGCAGCCUCAGCUGGCCCCUGGCAGGGGACAAGGACACAGACGUGCCCUUGGUGUAGGGCCAGGGGACACUGAGCAGAGGGUGGACCUCCCUGGGGAGGGGUCCCCGGAAAGCCUUAACCCCUCAGGGAACAUGGGGUCCCAGGCCCCCGGGGAAGCGGGACAGGACGGUCUGUCUUGUGGCUGUAACACCCCGACAGGGAGGAGGACAGGUGGGGCUGGUGCUCUUUUAGGCCCACCGUGCCGGGAGAGCCUGGGGGCCCCGGCAGUCCGAGCUGGGCCACCCCGGGGACCGCUGCAACAGGGUCACCAUGACGACUGUCCCAUUAAACCUCCACUCUGCAAACAACCUC